AUGUCACACCAGCAAGAAGCAACAUCCGGAAAAAAGGCACAGGAUGAGCAUAUCGAGUCAAUCGAAUCACCGCCCCGUCAGGAGCAGGGGCAACUAAACGAUGCCACCCAAGACAAAGCUCUGGACCUUAUCAUAGAUGCGGGACAGUCUGCCAUUCUCACCCCCGAGAACAACGCGCGAGUUCUUCGGAAGAUUGACCUUCGGUUGCUGCCAAUUCUUCUGGGAAUCUACUUUCUACAACAAGUCGACAAAUCCACUCUCGCCUACGCGUCAGUCUUUGGUCUGGUCGAGAAAGCCCACCUCCAUGGGCAGGAAUACUCUUGGUUGGGGGCAGUCAUCUAUCUGGUGCAGCUUGUUGCACAGCCCUUCGUUGCCUAUAUCUUGGUCAAAGUGCCAUUGGGGAAGUUUCUGGCAUGCACAACCCUUUGCUGGGGCAUAGCUCUGACAUGCAUGACCCCGGCAAAUAGCUUUGCGGGGUUGUUGGUCUGUCGGAUGUUUUUGGGUCUCUUUGAAGCUGGUAUACCACCUGCUUUUAUUGCAAUCACUCAAAUGUGGUACCGGCGACGGGAGCAACCCAUUCGGCUUGGUUCAUGGUAUGCUAUGAACGGUGUGGUGAACAUGUUUGGAAGCUUGAUAACAUAUGGUCUUGGCCACAUUGGCUCUUCAGUUUUUGAGCCCUAUCAGGCUGAAAAGAUCAUCUUCUUAUUUUUUGGGCUCAUCACUAUUGUUUUCUCCGUCGCUAUCUUGUUUCUCAUGCCGGACUCACCGACACAAGCCAAGUUCCUUGCGGAGGAUAAUAAGCUCUUGGCUAUUGAAAGACUUCUUAUGAACCAGCAAGGUAUCGAAACCCACGAGUGGAAAUGGGACCAUAUCAAAGAGGCAUGUCUUGACAUCAAGUCAUUUUUCUGGUUUGCCCUGAUGUUUUUGAUCUCCAUCCCUAGCGGUGGCAUUUCGACAUUUGGACCGUUGAUUAUCGAAGCGUUUGGGUUCAACCAGUUCGAUACAAUCCUCUUCAACAUACCUUUCGGUGCGGUACAGCUCAUCGCAACCAUGGGAGGAGCGUGGCUGGCGACUACGUUGAAGAUGAAGGGGCCUGUCAUAGCCCUUCUAUGCUUGCCUGCUAUUGCGGGCUGUCUGAUGUUGCUAGAGAUUCCGCACAAUGGCCACCAUAACGGGGCAUUGCUUGCAGGAUAUUAUGUUGUCUCUGUAUACCCUGGAAUCACACCCCUGAUCUACUCAUGGUCCGCAGGUAACACAGCAGGCGAGACCAAGAAGAAGAUUGUGAACGGCGUCUUAAUCAUCGGUCAAUGUGCUGGUAACGUCCUCGGCUCAAACCUAUACACCACCAACGAAGCACCAUUGUAUAGACGUGGUCUACUAUCCAACCUCGCAAUGUUCUGCGUCCUCAUCCUGCUCUGCCUAUUAAACAUGACAUACCUCUUCCUCCUCAACAAGAGGCACGAAAAGCAACGAGUAAGUAUGGGAAAGCAGGCAAAGAUCGUCGAUCAAUCCAUGCAAGUCAUUGGUGCUGUCCCAGUCGACAAGACCGAAUCUCCUCAGCAGGCACUAGGCGAGGACAAUGCGUUCAAGGACCUUACGGACUGGAAGAACGAAGACUUUGUCUAUGUAUACUAAGGAAGUCACUCUAAGAAGGUCACUCCAGACUUUUCAAAGUAUGUAGUAGUGGGGAUAGGUGGUUUGUAUAGCGUUUAGUCUUUUGAAGCGAAUCUACUAUCAUUAAAAUGUCCUUAAAACUCAUUCAAAAGGACUAUUCACUGUUCCUUUUGCGUGACUUAAACAAGAAGCAGAGGUAAGGUGGUCGAGUGGUUAAGACGUGAGACUUGAUUCCAACUGGGUGUUAUCUUAUCCCUUCGGGGGUAUAUUUUGAAUAUAUGGGGUGGGUGUAUAGAAUUCUUAGUAUAGUAGUAGUUAAAAAAAAAGAGGAGGAAAAGAAAGACGAAUAAAAUCCAUGAACCGGCCGUGUUGAAAAGAAGCUGAAUUGCUCGCAUCUGUCAAAUACAGAUGGGCUGUCUAUAAACCAUGCGAGACGAGUACAAAAUCUGAUAAUGAUGAUGAAGAAGUCUAAAGCGGAACUUUUCCUCCAGUGUGGGUGUGUGUGCCCUGUUGAAAUUGA